AUGGCACGUAGACAAACCAACCGUGAAACCACUAACAUGCCAAGCUUGGCAAGAGCUUUGGAGACCAUCGCAUCUGCCCUUCAGCAACAGGGUGCUGCUUUAAUGCAACAACACGAAGCAGCUCUACAANAAUUAGAGACNGCUANACUGAANUCUGAAGCUAGUCAAAGAGAACAUGUGGAGGCCUUAAAACAAUUAGUUGAGAAUGGCACGACUGUGGAAGCUCAACCUCGUAGGGUUCAAGAAUGGACUCUAGAAAACUUUUUGCAACAUCGUCCAGCUACNUUUAAUGGGAAGGCAAGUCCGGAGGAGGCAGAUAAUUGGAUCAUAAAUAUGGAAAAGAUUUUUNAUGCGAAAAGGUGUCCCUCAGAAACAAGGUUGGCAUUCUCAGAAUAUNAGUUGACUGGGGAGGCAGUACACUGGUGGAACAAUAUGAAACUAGUGUUAGAAGAAAAUGGCNAAAUUCUUACGUGGGANCUUUUCAAGAACAAAUUUUAUGNUGAGUACUUUCCGGAUAGCGUGAAGCAUGCAAAGGAAGUGGAGUUUUUGCAACUGGUGCAAGGCAACAAGACGGUAACUGAGUACGCAAACAAAUUUAAGCAAUUGGGGCGUUUCUAUACCCAACCAACUGAUGAAGAAUGGAGGUGUAGAAAAUUCAAAAAUGGACUGAGACCAGAUAUACAAUUAGCANUAAAUNCCUUAGCUGUUAAGGAAUUUUNUGUUUUAGUUGAACAGGCCAAAGUAGCGGAAAGGUUAAGAAACGAGAGUGAGGCUCAACAAAAGUUGCAACGGGUAGGAGGACCAUCUGGGUCACGAGCUGGACAAAAUGUAAGGAUCCGACCUUAUGAAAGACCCCAUCCGCAGAGGAAUUUUCAACAGCAGCAGCCUCAGCCAAGGGUAAUCCGAUGUUACGUCUGUGGAGGACCUCAUCUGAAGAGCGUUUGCCCACAAGUUGCUGCUGUACGCAACAAAUGUUUCCUUUGCGGAGCAGAAGGACAUUUUGCCAGAGAUUGUCCCUCCAACAGAAAAGGGGCACCCCAACUUCCACAACCACCUCAGCAGAAAAGGAUUGAGCAUAGACCUCAGGCGACUGGAAGGGUUUAUGCUUUNACUGGAGCAGAAGCUGCCAAAUCAGGUAAUCUCAUCAUCGGAUGUUGUAUGAUAGCUGGUAGAGAAUUGAAUGUAUUGUUUGAUUCUGGAGCAACACACUCCUUCUUGUCUGAAACUCUUAUUCAAGAGUUGAACCUACCUGUAAGAGAGUUAGAGUAUGAUCUUAUGGUAUCUACACCAGCCUCUAGAAUGAUAAAAACAUCGAGGAUGUGUUCUCAUUGUCCGAUAAUAGUAGAAGGACGUAGGUUCAAAGUACAUCUUAUAUCCUUGCCCCUACAAGGUUUAGAUGUAAUUCUAGGAAUGGAUUGGUUAUCUGCCAAUCAUAUCCUUAUAGAUUGUAACAAGAAGGAAUUGAUUUUCCCUAAUCCUGAGGAAGCAGAAUUGUUGUCAUUACAACAAGUCUUAAAGGAAGUCAAAGAAGGAUCUUCAUGUUUCAUUAUCUUGACUCAUGUGGAAGUUGAGAAAAAUGGACAGAAUAUUGAUAUCCCUAUAGUUAAUGAGUUCAGUGACGUGUUCCCAGAAGAAAUACCAGGAUUGCCCCCUCAUCGAGAAGUAGAAUUCUCCAUUGAUCUAGUACCAGGAGCUGGACCAGUAUCAGUAGCUCCAUAUCGAAUGGCUCCGGCGAAAUUGGUUGAAUUGAAGAAGCAGAUCGAAGAAUUGUUAGAAAAACAAUUUAUUCGACCAAGUGUGUCACCAUGGGGAGCACCUGUACUGCUUGUAAAGAAGAAGGAUGGAAGCUCUAGAUUAUGUGUCGACUACAGACAAUUGAAUAAGCUAACCAUCAAGAACAAAUACCCUCUACCCAGGAUAGACGACUUGUUGGACCAACUGCAUGGAGCCCAACUGUAUAAGUCUCCAUCUCACAACGGCAAUAAACAAUCCUUUGAGAAGAAAUCCCAGCGCCUGCAAACACGCUCCCUUCAUGACAUUGAUUCACACGUGCUGCAAAAGCGAGUGAGAGAGCCCACGGUAACUCGGUGA